AUGAGAAGUGAAGAGAUGAAAGACAAUAUGUGGACAGUAAAAGAGAAGCAAAGGACAAAGGGAUUCCUGAAACAAAAUCACCGGAGAGUCAACUCAAUCUGCCUGCUACCUUCUUCUGCCCUUUGUGAUCCCUCAGACAUCCGGAGUCCUUGGUGUGAAUGGGAGGUGGGAAGUGGGAUACCUCCCCUCACUGGAUUAAGACAUUCACAUUUACCACGCAUUUGGUCAAACUUUACACGUGUGAAUGAGCCCACAGAUUUCAUUGGUCCCCCUUCCCUUUUCUUACGUUACCAUGGUGACCUCAACAAAGACCUUCCUAGGACUCUGGGACAGAGACACAAGCAAUGGGACUUGCAUCACAAAGCCUCUAGUGCAUCCCCUGCAAGUGGCUACAGCGGCCAUAAAAUGGAAAGAGGGGCAAGCCCUCCUUGGAAGGCUGAAGAACAACUUCAAAAAGAAGAAGAUGGAGAUGAUACUAACAAACAUGGCGUACAGUGGGAGGAAAACAAGAAACCCUACAUCACCAGGGUCAGCAUGAUGUUCUACCCUGGGACUGGAAGCCGAAGUGAUGAAAACUUCUCUGUUGCUUCUUCGCAGUCCAAACUCUUUAAACAGAAAGAAUCCAAUUUUCUGCUUCAGGAUUCCAAAUUGCUGGAAAACUACCGUUCGCUGGUCCUUUUACUGCAUCAGAAAGAUCUCGAAAUCCAAGGAUUGAAGAAUGCUGCCCAAAACUAUCCAGCUGACCGACUGAGUUACAUUUUACAGGAAAUUGUGAAGUCGAAACAUAAAGGACUGGGGAAGAAGAGCCCUCACGAAGAAGCCCUUCAAAAAGAAGUAGAUCAAUUGAACACUGACCUGAAAGCUGUUAAGGAGGAUUAUGUACAGGAGAUAGAAGAUCUGAAAAAUGAACUCUUAAACUUGAAAUUGCACAUCAAGAAUUUGCGGCAGAAAAUAAAGACUCUGGGAGUAACGUUAGAUGAUGAAAAUGAUACUGAUUCUGACAUCUCUCUGGUUGAACAGAAGAAACUAGCAUGUGAGAGCUUUGAGCUGUGGUCGGAGGUAGGAGAGAAGGCCUUAACAGACCCGAGUCAUAUAAGGCUUAGGAGAAUUCCAAAACACACCAGCUUCGUGGAUUCCUUUCCUAAGAUUCAAGAUGAUUCCCUUAUCAGUGAAGAAAGAGAAGAAUUAAUCAACAGAAUAACUUCUGAUGACUUAAACUCACCACCCACUGUUGAUGCUUUAGGAAGGGGGUCACCGGAGAGCUCAGUAAUAGAGAGCAAACUACCUUCUGAACUAUCCUCGCAAGCUAUCGUCACUUCUUUGAAAUCAGAUUUUGCCUUAUCUGAGAGCAAGAUGGCGGAAUCUUCUUCCAGCCUACCUUCCUUGGAGGACAAAGGCCCAGAAAAGAAAGAUUUGGUUUCCGCCCUGUAUCCUUCUAAGCUCACUCAGCUUGGUCUUUCUCUUGGACGGCUGUCAGAGGAGGAACUAUGUCCCCACUUGGUGCACUCUCCCUUUCUACAGGAAUGCAAGAGAUGCCAUACUGAAACCAGCUCUCUAAGGAUCAUCAGUGUGCAUCAUAAAGGCAAAUUUAUCAGAAUCUUCAACUGCUUAUUGACUAAAGAGGUCGACCUAAGUGGCUACAUCAUCCAGCAGUGGGUUGGAGGAUAUCCAGUCUCUAUCUACCAUUUCCCAAAGAAUGUUAUUCUGCCUGCCCAGCACCACAUCACUGUUUGGGCUGCGGGGGCCAACUUGGCUCAUGAACCACCUUCAUUUUCCACCACAAAGUUCUUCAGAGCAGGGCCUGAAUGCCUUACCACUCUUAGUGAUCGUAAUGGCCAGAUGGUGUCACAAUACGUAAAUCCUCACCAAUUUACAGCAGCAGCAGCAGCUUACAGUGAUAACGUGGAACUUUCCAUCGACAAGUUUCCCAUUUGGGAUGGCAGAGAAGAAAUGAAUGAAGUCUUGUACUCCAAGAUUUCAUUCCGCCCAAGGCACUCAAUACAACUUUCCAUAGAUUCUUCACCAAGUUUCAAUAUGUCGUGUGACCGGUCCAUCGGAAACAACAGGAAAACAAAUGGGGAAUCAGAUAAAGAAAGCUCUUCGGACAGUGAAGAAGAUUUUUCAGUCAUGGUUUUCAGUCAUGGAAACCGGCACAUCAGGAACCAGUAAUGAGAACAUUCAAGGCACCGCUCGACACAACAAUUCCCACAGUGUCUCUGAUAGGAAUAGUGUUCGCUCAAAAUAUGGUUUCAACUAUAUGAUGUAUCUUCCUGCUACAACUGAUCUGCAUCUAAGAAGAUGCUGCAAUGCUAAAUAGCAAGCUAAUGAAUAGGAGUGAAGAUGAGUGUGUGGAUUCUUCAAAUAUAAAGCAGGCAUCAUAAUUUGUCUGAAAA